AUGCUGCAGUGCGUGCCAAAAGAGGACAUCGUGCGACACGUGAUCUACACGAUGGAGCUCAUGCAGCGUGACAUGGACAACCAGACACGAAAGCUGGGCAGGACGGUGAACUCGUCCCUUUUCCUCAUCGAUUACGAAGGCUUUAGCCUCAAGCAGGUCACAUCCUGGCAAGUCCUGGACCUCUCCCGCUCGUUGACGGCGCUUUACGAGAACUACUACCCUGAAAUGCUCAAGCUUGGUAUCCUUAUAAACACGCCCAGCUUCUUCCCCAUGUUUUGGAGAUUCAUUCGACCAUUCAUGACAGAGAGAACUGUAAACAAGUUGCACAUGUUCACGCACGAUGGCUGGCAACAAGUCCUGCUGAAACACGUGGACCCAAGCCAACUGCCGGCCCACUGGGGAGGCACGAUUGUGGAUCCCGUAGGAGGGGCACGCUGCACGCACGUGAUUGGUCCCGGAGGAGAGCUUCCAGUCGCCGUAUCGCGCGGCGGAGGCGGACUGGCGACCGACCCCGAAGCCGUUAACUGCUUUCUAGAGCAUGGCCGCUCCGUCGAGGUGCCCGUUCACGUCGAGACGGCGGGAGCCAAGCUCGUCUGGCGGUUUCAAGCGCGAGACGUCCUCUUCGCCCUGUGGAAGACGAGCGGCGACAAGCGCGUCCAGGUGCUCGCACCGCGAAGGAUAGCCUGUGACCGGAACCCCGAGUGCGGACAGAUGCAAUGCGAGGAGCCAGGAACGUACACAUUUCUCUUCGACAACAGCUUCAGUUGGUUUACCGGAAAGCAGCUCUCCUACAUGAUCCGAGUGCACCACGAACUUUCCGGUAGCGUCGAGGACACUACCAGGGGCUGAGAAAUCUUCGUCUUAAAAGUGAAGACUCAGUACAAAUUGUGUUAAGUACCAUCACAAAGAGCAUACUAUGGACUGAGAAGCCGAAAAAAGGGCGUCUAUUCUUGUUCAUGAGAAACUUUACGGUUUACCUACAUAAAAAAUGAUAUGUACAGUUGUCAUUCCGUUUGCCACGUCGUGAUUUUCAAUAAACAAGAAAAGAAUACUAA